GAGACAGAGAAGAAAUUCGUAGAAGAUAUGGCUAUAAUCGUUAGAAAAGUCGCUUCUGCUUGGUCUAGAAGUAAUUUUCCACCCCCAGAAAUAGAUAGAAUGUUUAGAAUUAUAGAGAGCGUUUAUAGAAUAAAUAGAUCCUUUUUGAACAACUUACUAUCAACAAACAAUAAUUACAAGUUAAUAGGUGAUAGCUUAUUAAAUUUUAUUAAAGAUUUUCAAUCAUCUUACGAUAAAUAUGUGCAACUCUAUACGUCAUCACCGCCAUUCUCUAAACAUAAGAAUAUACAAGAAAAUGACCAGUUACAUCAAAUUUUAGCCUCUAUGGAUAGGGAUAUUGAUGAAUUAUUUGAAUUACCCGCGAAGAGAUUGAAAUACUAUCUAAAUCUAUAUAAAAAAUUAUUAACUUCAACGAACCCUUCAAAACCUGAUUAUAACUUGUUGAAAGAUUCAGUUGAAACGUUACAAAGAUUAGUCGAUUUGAUCGACAAUUCAACGAUUAACAAGUUAACAUCAAGUUCAACAUCUCUAAGCCAUCAACCAACAGUUAGAUUCAACCCAGAAGAUCCAUUAAAACUUAGAGCAAAAGCUUCGAACGAUAUUCAAUCAGAUGAUUCUUCAAUUUCAACGAUCAGUCAAGAUGAUCAAGAUGACAUCGACGAUGAGACUGACAAUAACCAAAACAACUCAGAUGAUACAGCUUCAAUUGAUUCACAUAAUAGUACCAUGAAUAAACGUGAAUCACCUCCAAUACCUGAAGCUCAAUUGAAAGCUGUUGAUUUGUCUGAACGUCUGGACACUUCACGCACUUUAGAUAUUUUCACAAUGCAACAAAAGAAAUGUAAAUUGCAAAUUCAACCACCUCAACUCCCAUUUAAGAGAGAGUUGAGAAGAUCUGCAGAUGUAGUUUUAUCAUUCACACCAUCAGCUGCACCACAAUCAACUCAGGAGAUCGUUAUGAGAAGAGCACAUAUAUUCCUUCUUUCAGAUUUGUUCUUGGUAGCUGAACGUAUGACAGCAAAUGAGAAGGAAGCAGGUGUUGCCUUACCUGGUACAGAUAUGUGGUUGUCAUUUCCACCACUUAGUGGUAAAUUCUUGAAAGCAACACAAAAUAAACAAGAAAAUGCUUUCGAUUUGGGUAUAAUGAAUAAGGAAACUUUAACAAUUAAAGUUGAAUCGAUUGAAGCUAGAGAUAGUUGGAUACAGGAUAUAUCCAAUUGCACUCAAUUUGCAUUCAAUGGCACUACAAACAAACCUCCACCAUCAGAUCAAUUACAAAAUCUCAAUUUGAAUGCUCCACCAGCACAGAUAUCAUCUUCUCAGACAUCAUCGCCUCAAUUUCCAAAUCCUCCGCCUAGAGAUCAUUUACCACCAAUGGAGAAUGUACCUACAUUGGGUUCUCAAUUUGAGAGACCACCUCCACCUCAUGUUUUACAGAAUAACCAACUUACUGCAAACAAUUUAUCAAAUAUCCCAGGUUAUGGACCACAACCUGCUCAAAUUAGACCAAUUAGACCGGGUAUGAUACCACCACCUCCUCCACCAUUUGAUACUCUUCCACCUAGAUUACAACAAAAUGAUAACAUGAAUAGAAUGCCUUCAUUAGACACUAUCAACACGAAUUCAACCAAUAGCAAUAGUAAUAGUAAUAGUAUAAAUGGUGGUCUGAGUAAAUACGCCAUGCCUUCAAACCUUAUGGGACAAUUUAAGACCGCUAGUCCUAAUACGAAGAGCCAAGAUGAAGAUACACCACCACCAUCACCUACAGAAAUCAAACCAACUGAGCCUGAAAAGAUUAGAAUGAGUGCUCAAAUGAGAUGUAAAGUCUUCAUUAAGCAUGGUCAUCAAGCUUGGAAGAGUUUAGGUAGUGGUGGAUUAAAACUUUUCACUCAAUCGCCACAAAAUAAGAAGCAACUUGUCGUUGAAUCUGACAAAGCAAAGUCUUUACUGAUAAGUAAUUAUGUCCUUUUGGACGCCGUUGAAAGAGUUGGUAAGACGGGUUUGGCUGUUGAAAUGUCAGAUAAUGGUCAACGUACUGGUGUAAUAUACCUUCUUCAACUCAAAAGUGAUCAAUCCGCUAAAGGUCUUUUCGAUGAACUCGUAAAAGGUUCAUCUAGGGAUGCUAAUCGUCGUUAGAGUAAGAUAUAUUUAUAGAAUUUAAACUUUUCUUUGGAUCUUCCUUUUUCUUUUAAAGUCUACUCGCAAAUGUAUAACAAACAAAUUAUCAAUAUAUU